UCUUUCUCAAACAAAUGGUAUGCAAUCAAAAUAAGAAGUUCGCCGCCUCACAGCCACUUCUGUUCCCCUCCUAAAACCUCAGCCCCUCUGUGUCUCUCUUUAAAGCCGCAACCUUUCUCUCUACACUUUUUCAUAUAUAUUCAUCUAAUCAUAUAUAUUUAUCUGCCCAUAUAUGUGUCUAUUUAUGUGUAUUUGCUUCUUGUUGUAAUAUUCAACAAGAGCUGCGAUUGGAUUGAAGCUUAUUGGGGAGUGAAAUGGCGGGGAAAUCUAAUAAAGGGAAGAGCCGGAGGGGUUCAAAUAACGCAACUAAUUCUUCAGAGUCAGUGGUAUCUGCCAGUGCUCCUGUGAAAGAUAACCUAGCUGCUUCUGAGUCUGCCAAAGUUGAUUCAAAUGGAGCACCAGCUGUUAGUGAAUCAACUAACGCCAUACCAGAUGGCAAGGAGCCUGAAAGAGCAAAUUUGGCAAAUGAACCAAAGCAAGGUGAGCUUCAUCUUUAUCCUGUCUCUGUCAAAACUCAAAGUGGUGAGAAGCUGGAGUUACAGUUGAACCCUGGAGAUUCUGUCAUGGAUAUAAGACAAUUCCUCCUUGAUGCUCCUGAAACAUGUUUCUUCACAUGCUAUGACUUGUUGCUGCGCACGAAGGAUGGUUCAACUCAUCAGCUUGAAGAUUAUAAUGAAAUCUCUGAAGUAGCUGAUAUCACUACUGGUGGUUGUUCCUUGGAGAUGGUUGCUGCUCCUUAUGAUGAUAGAUCAAUCAGGGCUCACGUUCACCGCACCAGAGAAUUGCUUUCACUUUCCACGCUCCAUGCUUCACUGUCAACAUCACUUGCAUUAGAGUAUGAGACAACACAAAACAAGGCUUCAGGCUCAGAUACUGUAAAAACUGAGGUCCCUGAUCUUGAUGGGCUGGGAUUCAUGGAGGAUGUUACUGGCUCGCUUGGAAAGUUGCUAUCAUCUCCAUCGAAAGAAAUCAAGUGCGUGGAGAGUAUUGUGUACUCAUCAUUUAAUCCUCCCCCAAGCUAUAGGAGGCUGCUUGGAGAUCUAAUAUAUUUGGAUAUAGUGACAUUAGAAGGUAACAAAUAUUGUAUAACUGGAACAACCAAAACUUUCUAUGUCAAUUCAAGUACCGGCAAUGUCCUUGACCCAAGGCCGAAUAAAGCUACUUCUGAAGCAACAACUCUUAUUGGAGUCCUGCAAAAAAUUAGCUCCAAGUUCAAAAAAGCUUUUCGAGAAAUUUUGGAGAAAAAGGCCUCUGCACAUCCUUUUGAAAAUGUUCAAUCUCUUCUGCCACCAAAUUCAUGGCUAGGAUUAUACCCAGUUCCUGAUCACAGACGUGAUGCAGCCAGAGCAGAGGAAUCACUGACUCUUUCGUAUGGUAGUGAGUUGAUUGGCAUGCAAAGAGAUUGGAACGAGGAGUUGCAAUCAUGUCGAGAGUUUCCCCAUACGACGCCUCAAGAAAGGAUCUUGCGGGAUAGGGCUCUCUACAAAGUCACUUCUGAUUUUGUUGAUGCAGCAAUUAGCGGUGCCAUAGGAGUCAUCAGUAGAUGUAUCCCCCCAAUUAAUCCAACUGAUCCAGAGUGCUUUCACAUGUACGUUCACAACAAUAUAUUCUUCAGUUUUGCUGUGGAUGCUGACCUUGAACAGCUAUCCAAGAAACAUAGUGUAGAUUUUAAUUCAAAGACACAGAAUGUUGCAUCUUCACUAAAUCCAUCAGAAAAGGUUGCAACUGAUUUGACAGAUGGGGCUGGUAGAUUGUCCAAUGGGCAAUGUGAGGGAUCAGCUACAGGAGAAGGUAAUGGUGUUCUAGAAUCAAGUCAAUUAUCUUCUGAAAGCCAGCUAGCUGAGAGUGAGCAGGCUACAUAUGCUUCUGCAAACAAUGAUCUGAAAGGCACCAAGGCCUACCAGGAAGCUGAUGUCCCUGGACUUUAUAACCUUGCCAUGGCUAUAAUCGAUUACAGAGGUCAUAGAGUGGUGGCUCAGAGUGUUUUACCUGGCAUUCUUCAAGGGGAUAAAUCAGACUCCCUUCUGUAUGGUUCUGUUGACAAUGGCAAGAAAAUAUGCUGGAAUGAAGAUUUUCAUUCCAAGGUGCUUGAAGCAGCCAAACGCCUCCAUCUAAAGGAACAUGAGGUUGUAGAUGGAUCUGGAAAUGUUUUCAAAUUAGCUGCGCCAGUAGAGUGCAAGGGCAUUGUGGGUAGUGAUGACAGGCAUUAUCUGCUGGACUUGAUGAGAGUAACUCCUCGUGAUUCAAACUACACUGGACCUGGAUCCCGAUUUUGCAUCUUGAGACCAGAACUAAUUGCUGCCUUUUGCCAGGCUGAAGCUGUAAAGAAAUCAAAGGGUAGGUCUAAAUCUGAAGGAGAGGCUCAUGCAACUGAAGAGUCUUCAGAAGUUACUGGAGCUGAUGAACAGGUGAAACCUGAUGCAAACAUUCCCUCAGCUUCUGCUGCCAGUCAGGAGAUGAUACAAGAGGGAAAGGUUGAAACUGUUGAAGAAUGUGCUUCUGUUCCUUCGGUAAAAACUGAAACAAAUGAUGAAAUACUUUUCAAUCCUAACGUUUUUACCGAGUUUAAGCUAGAUGGGAGUCCAGAGGAGAUAGCAAAGGAUGAAGAGAAUGUGAGGAAAGCUAGUUCAUAUCUAGCUGAUACUGUGCUUCCUAAGUUCAUCCAAGAUCUUUGCACCCUUGAAGUGUCACCUAUGGAUGGGCAGACUCUUACUGAAGCUCUACAUGCUCAUGGAAUUAACGUGCGCUACAUUGGAAGGGUUGCUGAAGGGACAAAACAUUUACCUCAUUUAUGGGAUCUUUGUUCUAACGAAAUCGUAGUCAGAUCUGCUAAGCACAUCCUCAAGGAUGUAUUGAGAGAUACAGAGGAUCAUGAUCUUGGGCCAGUAAUCUCACAUUUUUUCAACUGCUUGUUUGGAAAUUGUCAAGCUGUUGGUGUAAAAAUGGCUGCUAAUAGUUCACAUCCAAGGACACAAAAGAAAGAAAGCAACCAUCAAUCUUCAGGAAAAUCUAGGGGCCAAACAAGGUGGAAAGGAGCAUCUGCAAGAAAGAAUCAAACCUCAUAUACAAAUAUUAAUUCAGAGACAGUAUGGUCUGACAUUCGGGAGUUCACAAAACUCAAAUAUCAGUUUGAAUUGCCAGAGGAUGCAAGGUCACGAGUAAAGAAGGUUUCAGUCAUACGUAAUCUUUGCCUGAAGGUGGGAGUCUCUGUUGCAGCUCGCAAAUACGAUCUUAAUGCUGCAACACCUUUCCAAACUUCAGAUAUCUUAGAUCUCCAACCUGUGGUGAAGCACUCAGUUCCAGUGUGUUCAGAAGCUAAGGAUCUUGUGGAAACAGGGAAAGUUCAAUUGGCUGAGGUAUGCUCUAUACUAGCUAGCAAGUGUUACGUGAUUGGCACAUCAGAGUCAUUCAUGAACACAGCUCUUCGCUAUCUGCAAGAGGCUUUGAAAAAGAAUGAAAGGCUUCUAGGAGAAGAGCAUAUCCAGACUGCUGUAUGCUAUCAUGCUCUUGCUAUUGCAUUUAACUGCAUGGGGGCAUUCAAGCUCUCACACCAGCAUGAGAAAAAAACUUAUGAUAUACUUGUUAAGCAACUUGGUGAAGAGGACUCGAGAACGCGAGAUUCCCAUAACUGGAUGAAGACAUUUAAGAUGCGUGAACUUCAGUUGAAUGCUCAAAAGCAGAAAGGCCAGGCUCUGAAUGCAGCUUCUGCUCAGAAGGCAAUUGAUAUCUUGAAGGCCCAUCCUGACCUGAUACAGGCAUUCCAAGCUGCUGCUGCAGGAGGAUCUGGGAGUUCGAAUGCUUCCAUCAACAAAUCCCUUAAUGCAGCAAUAAUUGGUGAGAAUCUACCUCGGGGCAGAGGAGUAGAUGAAAGGGCUGCUCGUGCAGCAGCAGAAGUUAGGAAGAAAGCAGCAGCUAGGGGCCUCUUGAUUCGACCACAUGGUGUUCCUGUUCAAGCUUUGCCACCACUUACACAUCUCCUCAACAUCAUUAAUUCAGGGAUGACCCCUGAUGCAGUUGACAAUGAGGAGUCAAAUGGUGUGAAGAAGGAAGCCAAUGGUCAACCGUCUAAUGAGCCUGUAGAUGCACCAAAAGACCAAGUACCAGCAGAAGAAGAUCAGGCUCCUGUUGGAUUGGGCAAGGGCUUAGCAUCUUUGGAUACCAAGAAACAGAAAGCAAAACCAAAAGCUGCAGCUUGAAAUUCUGGGCAUUGAUUUUGAUCGGGUAGCAGCAAGGCUUAUUUUUUACGUGAAAGUAGCAAGUUCUAAUUAGUAUGUGAGUUAUCAACAGCCAUAAAAUGAUAUUUGGAGGUUGAAGAACAAUGAGAGUUGCCAAAAGAUACGUCAUUUGCAUUCUAUUUUUUCCUCAAUAAAUAGGCUUGUAGGUUCAACGAGCAUCCUUGGUUUAGCAUGAACUGCAGAAUAGAUUUUCAAAGUAGUCUAAUUAGGUACAGAAUACAAAUUGACGAAGUUGUCAGUGGAUCAGUAUUCUUGUACUUGUUUUUGCUUGAUUUUGUUAUAGUUGUUACAUCCUUUGAUCUGUUCACCGUUUUAAGUUAGACAACCUUCUCGAUGGUGGCUGGUACUGUUACCUUUGUUUUGUAAUGGAAUCGUUCACCGAUUUUCAAUAUCAGAUCAUUUUUCAGUUUUGGUCUGUUUCAAAA